AUGCUUAAUACUGUGGAAAACCAAGGCUUGCAGAAUAUCGUUGGUUGGCAGAGCAGUGGUGCUGGCUUUGUCGUCCAUAACAAGCAGCAGUUUGAAACACAAAUCAUGCCAAAGUUUUUCCCACGCUUGAAGUACGUAUCUUUCAAGAGAAGACUACAUCUGUUUGGCUUUCGCUCGGAUAGCAAACAAGACAAGAGAGCCUUUCGACACCCUUCCUUUGCUCGUUGGAUCCCAGAACAACAACUGCUCGAAAGUAUAAAAGCAACGGAAAGAAAGACCAAAUCUACCGUCGCUAUUGCCAAGCAACCCAACAUCAGUGACCUACAGCAGCAUCAAGCCUCCCCACAGCCUUCGUCCCACACGGAAACCAACAAAGAGUCCGAAUCUACCUUGAAUGUCUCGACUACGGAACUACGUCGGCGACUACUCCUGGAAGCGGAUCUGCCAUUGGCCAUGGGCUCGUCGGAACUACCACAGCCUCCCUUCCAGAACCUCGGAUCUUCGGGGACCGAUCCUGGAAGCCGUGGGUUUCAACAAUUCACGACGUCCACGACCACCGGUACAAGUAAUACGGAUCACGUCGUAAUGACGAACAUUCUGCAGCAACUACAACAGACUCGCAACGAAACCAUGUCCACACCAACAACACUGCAGCAAUCGUCACUCACAGGUGUUCACCAACAAGGGUUGAUGCGUACCCAAAUGUUGGGGGCCCUCGGUCAGGAUCAACGAUACGCCCCUCCUCAGCUCCAGCAACAUCCUUCACAACGGCACCAAACAGGACAGACGGAGCAACCCGGGGCAGCCAGUUGGCCCCAACUGCAGCAGCAGCAACAACAACAACAGCGACAACAACAACUGGCACUGCAACAGCCACCCGAUCAGUUUUCAAUGCAGACUUCGGAGCUGUAUUCCAGGCUCCAUCAGCAACACCAACAACACCAGCAACAGCUCGCCAUAUCGGACCCAUCACAUUUGAAUUUGAAUACAGGGAUCGUUCCUUCGCACCACCAAGACCCACUAGUGGCAGGGUUGGCCAGAAGUGAGGAAAAGUGCGAGACCAGUGCCGAUGCCACUGGAUGGGACCUCAUUCUCGAGCCACGACCAUUUGCUCCGGGAGAAGACGGAGCAAGACGUGGGUCAACAAGAUCGUCGUCGGGGAGCAUGGGGGGAUAUGUCAGCACUAGAGGUGAAGCCAAAAGUGCAGGCGACGAAAGUACCAACGCGACAAAAAACUGGAAACGGACUAGUCAACCAUAG